AGGUGAUAGCAAUUGAUAGCAUGAUAAUACUUAUGUCUACACAAUUGUCUUAAAUGUACACACCGACGCGCGUUGACGCAGUCGUCAUUUUAUUUUAUUUUUCGCGCCAUUUAGAUCUGCAAUCGGACGGAAUACAAUCGCUCCGUGUUAUUUGCGUUUUUUAACUGGUAAAAGUGGACAUGUGCAGAUGAACAUUUAAAAUGCCAGAAGAAUAUCGAGUAGUAUAAUAUAUUAAUCGAAUCAUGCGAUAGUAUUGAAAUGCCCACAUUUAAUCCGAUUUUCGGUCGCGAUCGCGUUCAACAUUUUGCAACCUUGAUUCGAACUCGCGCGUGCGCGGCCGCCAUAUUUGUUUUAUUUCGCUUUGCGUCUAUCGGCCAGUCAGGACAGGGCGGAGUGUAUUGUGUUGUGCUUGCGUUUGUUUUAUCGUCGAGUAUGAGAAUGUCACGUGGGUGAGUGUCGAAUAAAGUGUUGAGUGAAGUUCGCACCAAAGUUAAGAUGGAGCGAAGAAUCUCGCAUUGAAUCGAAAUUGAAACCAACGAAGCAGCCAGCAGCAUCGCGAGCAGCGGGCGGUAAGUGAAUCCAUUCAUUCAUACUGAUAUCUAUUGUUUGUUUAUUCGUUCAUGACGAUUCGAUGUCCACAAUUCGUCUCGAUUUGACUAAAAAUUAUUAUUGUGCGUUGAGAUUGCGCGAAUCUAUUGGCGUGAACGCAGUUGAGAUAGGAACGAUUUGAAGUUUACGCCGGACAUGCGCGCAUGACUCACUCACUCACUGUCACGUGACGAUCUUCUUCGCAGACGUGCCAACUGUCAAGCGUCGAAUUUCUCAAACUGAUCUAACAUUUUCUGUACCCGAAAUGAGACAGAUGUGUACAUACACGGACGUUAGAAAGAGAAGAUCGUGAAAGCGGAGUGCAAAAAGUGCAAAUAAACUUUAGCUUCUUCCAAAUAAAGUAAAUUAUAAACACAAGCAUAUGCUGCACGGAUUGCAGCGUGCCGGCUUCCAAAAUAAUAUUUGAUUGCAACCGCGACGUAUUUUAUCGAAAGAUCACUUGUCCUGCUGUUAAAUGUACGAUGUAACAGCGACACAUUUUUGCACAGCUCGAUAAGAAGUUUGGAAGCGUAAUGUAAUGGAAGAGGUUAGGUUAACGUCAAAAUAUGAUGACGUUUGAUCUAGAAUUAAUUUUACGCGCACAAUUUUAUUUCUGUCAAAAUUUAAUAAUUUACGAGUAUUUGAAUACUUUGUAAAACAGCCAUGAAUCUCGUAUGUCGAUUGCACGUGAAACCGAACUAUCAAAUAUUUAUGUAUUUCACAUUAAUUGUGUUCCUUACAAGCACAGUCCUGCUUUUCCUGUAUUUGAAUCGUAUUCAACCAGAUUAUUUCAUUGAUGAGGCUUUCCACAUACCUCAAACGUUACGAUACUGUGCAGGGAAUUUUACAGAGUGGGAUCCUAAAAUUACUACAUUGCCAGGCUUGUAUUUUAUUACUACUGUGAUAUUAUCACCAUUUAAUCUUUGUAAUAUCACAUUUGUAAGAUGUAUAAAUUUACUUGGGACAUGUAUAAAUCUUUAUCUUCUUUAUAAUAUUAUAAAGGAGAAUUAUAAGUCCAAUGAGAUGAAUCGGUGGAAUAAUUGGUUGAUACUUAUAGCAGCAUACAAUCUUACUUUUUUCCCACCAUUGUAUUUUUGGUGCUUCUUUUAUUACACGGAUGUUGUAUCCAUGAACAUAGUACUUUUGAUGUUGUAUCUACAUCAAUGCAAAUAUACGAAAAUGACAGCUCUUGCAGGUUUAUUAGCCGUACUCGUUCGCCAGACGAACAUUAUUUGGCUCGGUUUCUUUACUAUAGAACGCAUAUUAGACAUAUUUGAUCUCAGGCUGGAGCAACCCAUUCCAUCUGGAGUGCUCAAUACUUCAUUGCACUUUCGUUUAAUUUGGAAGCAGAUAAUGUACGAAUUGCGCAUAGGUCCGUUGUCCUUCCUCAAGUUCGUCGUGCAGGUAUGCAGUAGUCUACUUCCCUAUAUAACAGUGUGUCUUAUGUUCGUUGCCUUCGUCGUGUGGAACGGUGGCAUAGUGAUCGGCGAUCGUACUGCCCAUGUCGCAACUGUUCACCUUUGUCAGAUAUUUUAUUACUCCGCUUUCGUUUCUCUGUUCUCGUGGCCGUACGUGAUACCUUAUUGGCGAACGUAUUUGCGAUUCCUUCGGCGGUAUUGGAUUUUCGUCGGCUGCGCCAUCGCAUUGAUGGCCAUGACGAUACGUUUCAACACGCUCGUUCAUCCGUAUGUUUUAGCCGAUAACCGACAUUAUUGGUUCUACGUGUGGAAUCGAUUUAUGGGUCGAUACGCAAUGUUCAGGUACCUAUUGAUACCGAUUUACGGCGCGAGCCUGUUCGCCAUAUCGCAGAACAUGGCUCAUUUAAGAUUCCUCACACAAAUUAAUUAUCUUAUUUGCGUAUGCAUGAUGCUGAUACCUCAGUUACUGGUAGAACCGCGUUACUUCAUUCUGCCGUACAUUUUUUACCGUUUGAAUAUGAAAAGGCCAGAAAGAUGGCAGAUCGGUCUCGAGUCGCUCACGACUCUCGUGAUAAAUUGUCUGCAAUUUUUUAUUUUUGCCAACAAAGUGUUUUACUGGAAGGAUCAACCCUAUGCCCAGCGAAUUUCCUGGUGACCAAGAAUGCAAAUGUAUAAAAUAAAGAAUUCUACAUAAAAUAAUGCGCAAUGCUUUCUUCCGUGUCUCUCUUUUUAUGCGCGAUAAUGUUGAUUUAAAAGGAUGAGGGUUAAAGAGAGAAAAUUAAAAGAGGUAAUUACAAUUGAUCGACAAUUAUUUCGAACAAUGAUUUAUUGUUCAUAACUGAAACUUGUGUGGCAAAAUUGCUAGAUGUUUUUGUACAGCAACAGCUUAUCAGUUUGUAAUUUCGCGAUGCGUAUCAUCGGCGCACAAUAUAUUAAACAUAUUCGACUGACGAGAAUUUUUUAUAUUCCCUAUUUUUAUUACGUUCCUUUGUAUCAUUAUUUUCCCAUGUUAUUGUUUCCUUAUCGCGAAUAUAAAUGUUGCACGCAACGGUAUAGUAAAAGGUAUCGAGAGAAAUGCAAUCUGCGAUCUUCUUUAUAAUAAACUUCUUUUUUUAUUUGUUUAUACUAAACAACAGUGUACUUUUGAGAAAAUCGGAUUCGAGAAUAUCCUUAAAUGUAA